AUGAUUCUCAUCAACAACCAGUUUCCCGGACCCCUCAUUGAGUGCAAUGAAGGCGACACCAUCGUCGUUCAUGUCCACAACGAGGCCGUCAACGCAACGGCGAUCCAUUUCCAUGGCAUGUACCAGAACGGCACAAACUCCAUGGAUGGCACUGUGGGCGUCACGCAAUGCCCAAUUGCUCCCAACGCAACAUUCACCUACCGAUUCACCGUCAGCGGCCAAUCUGGGACGUAUUGGUACCAUGCACACCACAGCGUCCAGGCUUCGGACGGUCUAGUUGGCCCCAUGGUUGUCCAUUCUCGGAAUGACAAACCUUGGACAGAUGUCUACCACAGCGAUCGGGUGGUCAUGAUCCAGGACCACUAUCACAACACCUCCGCCGAGCUCCUCAUGGACUAUCUUCAGCCAGAUCAGGAGAACGACGAACCUGUGCCGUCAAGUGGUCUCAUCAACGGCCAAAACUACCGGGACUGCGCCGCAUUUGAUGGAUGGGAAUGCGAAAAUAAGGCUCCUCGGCUAGAGUCCUUGGCUUCGUUCGACUUGGCCCCAAACCAACGACAUCAUCUUCGUUUCAUCAACACCGGCGCUUUUGCAGAGUUCCAAGUCGAGAUCGAUGAGCACCUCUUCUCCAUCACGGAAGUUGAUGGGACUGCCGUUCAACCUGCAUCGUUCCAUCGCCUCAACAUCCUGCCGGCUCAGCGUUAUAGCGUGGUCAUUGAAACCAAUAUUACCACCGCAGACUCUUUCUGGAUGCGUGCCAGGAUGGUCACACACUGUUUCGCCAAGGAAAACGAGUGGCUCGACCCGGAAGUCAAAGGCAUCAUCCGCUACGUCGAGUCAUCGAUGAAGAGCAAUGUGUCCGAACCGCAGAGUAAAAGAUGGGACGAAGCCCUCGAUGUUGAUUGUCGCGAUAUGGACACCGCUACCCUCAAGCCCAUCGACGCAAUGGCUGCGCCCCAAACUUCAGCAUCAAUGUAUCUUCGCGCCAACUUUGAGAUCGGAGCCUGGCGUCUAUCGCGCGGGUUUUUCAACAAGUCAACUUGGCAUGGGAACGCCACGUCUCCGUCUCUAUACCGCAUCAUCAACGCAGCAACAGUCAACAACCAGACAGCUUUGCCGCUCACGACAGGAGUAAACGAGGUUUUGUUCGAUUCGGAGAAGGAGUUCGUGUACCAGACGACGGGCAUCGAAACUGUGGAUAUCGUCAUCAGCAACUUCGAUGACGGGGCUCAUCCCUUCCAUCUUCACGGACACAAGUUCUUCGUGCUGAAGCAGUCGCCAACGGGAUAUCCCCCCGAGGACAUCGCGGAACUUGAGAAAGAGCUGACGGCGUCUGGCGUGCUGGAGAACCCCCUCAGAAGAGACACCGUAACCGUUCAGGGUUACGGAUGGGCAGUCAUCAGAGUCGUGCUGGAUAAUCCAGGCAUGUGGGCAUUCCAUUGCCAUAAUGCGUGGCACGCAGAGUCGGGCAUGAUGAUGGUAAUUGCCGCAGGAGUUGAGACAGCAAAGGAAUGGAAAGUGAGCGAGGAGGAGGUGGCGUUGUGUAGCCUGCCAGGAGUUGAGAAAGGAGUUCGGCCAGACGAUAAGAUCUGGUUUGGGAACUUUGGCGACUAA